AUGCUAACAAAUACUGAUAAAAUGCCUCCCACUCAGGCAGAAAGUGUUAUAAAGAAUAUCAUUCGAGAAAUAGAACAAGAAUGUGCAUCCCAUGGAGAGGUGCCUUCUGAAACUCUGGUUGCUUUUAUGGUGAAAGCUGUUGUCCUGGAUCCAAGUAAUGGCUUUAACAUGGAUAAAACCCUCAUAAAAAGUGAUGUGCAGAAACUCAUUGAGCUUUGCGUGAGUCGGCUAUUGGACAGUAAAAAUCCAUCCCUGGAUACCAUUAAGAUGCAAGUCUACUUUGAUAUGAAUUACACAAAUCGAGAGGAGUUUCUUGAAGAACACAACCGGGUCAUGGAAUCUAAAUUAGGCUUUGUUACCAGAGAAAUUACAGAUAGCAGGGCAUGUGCUCGAGAAGAAUUGGAAAGCCUCUACCGGAAGAUUGUCAGCUAUGUGUUACUGCGCUCUGGGGUUGGAUCCCCUACAGACAUCAAGAUUGUCAGAGAGGCAACAGCUGCCCUACAGAGCGUUUUCCCUCAGGCUGAACUUGGGACAUUUUUAUCUCUUUCUAAGAAGAACAAAGAAAGCCAGCUGAAAGAACUUUCCAUGAUCGUUACUGGAAUUCGUUUAUUCAACCGAGACACUGGAAAGGGAGGAGAAGGCAUUGAGUACUUGCCAGCUAUUCUACAAGAAGCAAUCCCAGCCACCACUCAGCAUAUUGACUCCCAACUUCAGAUUGCCCAAGAACAGGUAUACCGCUACACGGCCAUCCUUGAGAAAGUAACAAAGAACCCGCUCCUGACUAUGGAACUGCAGCCAUAUAUGUUAAAAGAAGCGCUCUAUAAUGUGCGACAGUACGAGAUCUUCCUUCAGAUCAUUUUGUCAGAAAUAAUUACUUGUGCUCAAGAAGUGAAAAUGAUCACAAAGCAGUUAGGAGCCCAACUAGAACAAUUAAAAACGAUUGUGAACUCAAAGGUGGCUGUCCCAACAUCACAGGUCUUUCCCAUCUUCAUUGAACUUUCCAACCUGUGGACUAGCCUUCAGGAUGAAACUGUUUUGAUUGGUAUCCUUACUAAUUUAAGUACUAACCUUGAGCGAUUUCUGGGCACUCAUGAACUGCUCUUUCCUGAAAAAGUCAUACAAGAUCUUCUUGGUGAAGUGACUGUGAAAACUGAUAUGUGUCGAUUGAAAGAACACAUGGAAGAAAGAGUACGUCUGGUGGAUUUCAGAAAACAAGAAUGGCUUUUCCCAGAAACAACAGCAAAUUUUGAUAAACUGUUGAUUCAGUAUCGGGGAUUUUGUGGUUAUACAUUUGCUACAACAGAUGGCCUUCUCCUUCCAGGAAAUCCAGCAAUUGGAAUUUUGAAACAUAAAGAAAAGUAUUACACUUUCAAUACCAGAGAUGCUGCGCAUUCAUUUGCAGAAAACCCUGAAAAUUACAUUGAUUUAAUUACAGAAAAGGCCAAAAAAAAUGCAGAAUUAAUUCAACUACUGGGACUUCAUCAACAGUUUGAAACCAUCAUUCCAUGUUCUGGGAUGAAAGAUGUUGAGAAACAUCAAAUAAAACCAAUUACAAAGAGUGAAACUAGCACACAGACGGAUACACACAUAUUGCCACCAACAAUUGUGAGAUCAUAUGAGUGGAAUGAAUGGGAAUUAAGAAGAAAAGCUAUAAAAUUGGCCAAUUUGCAUAAGAAAGUUACCCACUCGGUACAAACUGAUGUUAGCCACAUGAGAAGAGAAAAUUGUUCGCAGGUGUAUCCUUCAAAGCAUGCGAGCACGCAGUCUAAGAGGGAAGGCAGCACCUGCGUGCCCAGGCCUCAGAUUUAUAUAGCUGGUCUCCGCGGUGGUCAGACUAAAACCACCUAUGGGGUCAAGGUGAACUUAACUAGAGCUGUUGAUGAAACCUAG